UAUGAGUCAUGGUUGUUUUUUUACACUAACUUGACUUAGUUGGGUGUUGAGACUUAACAAAAAUCGAAGAGUGUAGUUAGUAACAUUCCAAGAUGCAGGAUUCUCUGGGCAGCAAAGGUGGUAAUAAAGAAGAUGUGAAAAACACAAAAGAAAGUGGGGAUGAUUCUGAAGACGAAAGUGAAAUUUUAGAGGAAAGUCCUUGUGGUCGGUGGCUGAAAAGAAGAGAAGAGGUCCAACAAAGAGACAUUCCUGGUAUUGAUUCUGCAUACCUGGCCAUGGACACAGAAGAUGGUGUUGAGGUUGUCUGGAAUGAAGUCAAGUUCUCCGAGAGAAAAAGUUUUAAGCCUCAAGAGGAAAAGAUUCGGCAAGUUUUUGACAAUCUUACCCAGUUAGAACAUCCAAACAUUGUCAAGUUUCACAAGUACUGGAUGGAUACAGAUUCUGAAAAUCCCCGGGUAAUAUUUAUCUCAGAAUACAUGUCAAGCGGCUCAUUAAAACAGUUUCUGAAGAAGACAAAACGAAACGUCAAAAAGUUCUCUCUGAAGGCUUGGAAACGGUGGUGUACUCAGAUUUUGUCCGCACUCAGCUAUUUACACUCUUGUUCACCCCCCAUAAUUCAUGGAAACUUGACUUGUGACACAAUAUUUAUUCAGCACGAUGGACUUGUUAAAAUUGGAUCUGUUGCUCCUGAUGCUAUUCAUCGACAUGUAAAGACCUGGAGACAGGACAUUUCUAAUGUUCACUUUAUAGCUCCAGAAUUUGGAAUCUCAGUGGUUACUCCAGCUGUGGAUAUCUAUUCCUUUGGAAUAUGUGCCUUAGAGAUGGCAGCACUAAUAAUUCCAGGAAAUGGAGAUUCUGGAACUCAGAUUACCAGUGAGGUUAUUAAAAAAACUAUAGAAUCCCUGGAGGAUCCUCUGCAGAAGGAUUUUAUUCGAAGAUGUCUCAGUCAAAACCCAGCUGAACGACCAAAAGCGAGAGAACUUCUCUUCCAUCCUUUAAUAUUUGAAGUACAUUCACUGUGUCUCCUUACGGCCAACACUAUCGUCAACCAUGCUUCUUUCCAGCCAGAUCAGCUAACUGAUGAAGCCUUUAAGUCAAGAUGUAGUAAGAACAAUGUAAUUGGGGAGAUCCAACACAAGGAUGGAAGACCUGGAGUCAUCUUUUGUCAGAGUGAUGCUCCAAAGUUAGAGCUUGAAAAGUUGUUGGAAGAUGUAAGGAACGGUAUAUACCCACUUACUGCCUUUGCUAUGCCACAGCCUCCUGUAGUUAGGCCACGACCCUGCCCUCCUGCUGCCUCGGAAUCAGUGAAAUCUUCUUCUCCUGAAGUAGCAGAAGUUGAAACUCGGCGUAUAGUAACUUUGAUGUGUAACAUGAAGCCACAAGAGAGUGGGCAAAACUUACUAAUGACCCUGUUACUACAGAUGGAUGACAAAAUUCACCGUCAGCUGUCCUGCGAAGUAACUAGCCAGGAUACGUCCGGUGCCUUAGCCGGAGAACUUGUACAUUAUGGUUUUAUCAACAAAGGUGAUCACGGGAUAGUUGCCUCACUGAUAGAGGACACUUUCAGUCGUUAUUGCAUCCCAGAAGCUACAGGCACGUCGGUAACCACCACAUUACCACUGCAAGCCGUCAGCUAACACCUGAUCGUACAAGUAUUCGGUGUACUAAUGAGCAGGAAGUUAUAGUAACUGUUUUUUUUGUGUUUUUUUUCUCUUGACAAGGGCAAAAUGGCUUUUUUGCUUGGAGUUGCGUCAUGGCCUUACAGUGGACUUGUGAUGGUCAAGGUGAUGAUUGGUCAGUUGAUCUGAUAUUGCAGUGAUGUGGGUUUAUAUGAUAUAAUUGUUCAGCCUGUGGCUAAUACUUGAGGCUAUUAAUAGUACUCAAUAUCUAGAGUUAUAUUAUGGAAUGUACAUGGAUAUAAAGUGUAGUUACUGAUGAAAACUUGCUCAUUUUAAAAGUUAAUAUGCACAUUACUUUCACAGCUUUCAUAAGACAUCUUGGUAUAGAUUCUCGUAAACAAUGUUUAUUAUAGGUUGCUUUUUGGGGACCAACCUGAAAUGGCUGGAAAAAAAUAUCUAAAAACAACCAGUAGCCAUUUCCUUUAUUGUAUAGUGUGCCUUUGUUAUACUGUUUAUUUCCAUUCAGAUUAUUUUUUAACACCUAAAGUAUAAGGUUGCCAUGCCUAAACUUUUGUUUUUUUUCUUUCUGUGAACUUGUGCAAUUACAGUAUUAUUUUUACCACAAUUGCACUAAUAAAACUUCACAUAGUUGUUCAACCACCACUGAAAAAAAAGAAGCUCAAAUUAACUCAUUCUCUACCUGACAAAACUUGGAGUGAAAUCAUAUCAAUAUUUCAGCCUACAUAUCUUUGCCGUUCUCUAAGGUUGGAUAGCGUUUUCUGUGCAAAAACUGAAGUAUAAACUGUUAAGUUAUAAAACUGUAGUGAAUUUUUUUUUCUUUUGUUUUUCGAUUGGAGUAAAACUGAUUUUGAUCAUAAAGAAAAGCCUCACGUGGUAAAUAGUGAUGGUUAAAAUGGUUGUCGUUUUUCAAGAACAUUAAUUGAUAAAAAGUAGUUCCUUGUGUUAAGGAUCUAGGCUUUCAAGUUAAAUACAAUAGUUAAGAUUCAUUAUCUGUAUCAGAUUUCAGUAACAAAACAGUUCUUAACAACUGUUUGAUCACAUUGUGACUCUUAUUUUUGAAUCUCUGCAGAGUAGAUGUUUGGUAUAAAUGUUUUCGUUCACUCAAUAGAUUUCUAACAAGGUGAUUUUAUGUUAUUAGAGAUAAGAUGGUUUUGUUCCUUCUGUACUGAUUUUAGUAACUACUGUGAAAAAUACACAAGUUCAUAUUUCAUCUUCAGAAAACUUUUAAUACGUACAAGUAAUGUUAAGAUGAAUGAGUUAUAAGGAAAGUCUUGUUCUGUUCAACUCGGUACUGAGUAUCAUUCAACUUCUUAGUAAUUUAUAGUUGUUAUAUUAUAGGUAAUUCUGUCUUCUCCCUGAUGUAAUAUAUCUUCCUGAUUAGAUUACUUGAAAGAGAAAUAGACACUUGUUGCUGGUAAUACAACAAGCGUCAUUUUAAAGCUAUGAAUAACUUAUUCUAUUUUAUCAGUCAUAAUUCCGUUUAGUUUUACUUCUAGAUUAUGUAAAAUAUAAUUUACAUUAUUAUCCCUGUAAACAAGAAUUUCUAACCAAUGCCAUUGUGUCACAGGUGGGCAUGUCCUCCCAAAUGCUUAACACACACACUGUUUUAAUAAUCUCAAAAUAUAUGUUUGUAAUGGAAACCAGUAAGUUAAUCAAAGUAACAAUCGGAAUUUAAUGAUAAAAGUAAAAAAAACAUCCCACCUGUUAUUUGUAUGAUUGUCAUUAUUAACCUACAAUUAAUAACAAAAGCACUUCGUUUUCGGACAUUGCCCUUCCCACCCCAAAAAAAAACAACAACAAACAACUUAGCUGCAUGACACCUAUAUAGAUCAGAAACACAUUUUGAAAAUUUUCUUUUUGUCAAUGAAAGUGUUGAAAUGCAUAGUGUUAUAAAUAUAUACUGAACAGAAUUCAUUACGUAAUUAGGUAACUGCACAUUCUGGCUUUAAGUAAUAAAAUCCAGGCCAGUAAGAAGAUUGGUUACAAAGAACGUUCAU